UUCAGACAGGAGCAUGGGCACUUCAUCCAUAAUCAAUGAGAUGAAAGAUUUUCAAGGUAUAGCGGAAGCAUCAUUGCCAAGCUUUUUAACCAAUUCAGUACUUGGUAAUAGUGGGAUUUUGGAAAGUGUCACUCUGUCUUCAAAUCUUGGCUUGCCUGUUGCUGUUUCCACACUUGCUAGAGAUAGGUCCAGCACUGAUAAUAGGUGUUCUGGUGUCCAGGCAUCUUACUUAGCAGAAGGGAAGUUUUCAGUUCCAUCUGAGUCAUCUCCUGGUAGCCAGAGUGAUGUUGAACCGAGAGAGAGACUGCAGUUUAGCUUCCAUGAUGAAGAGAAAAAGGACUAUAUGAAAAGUCAACAUUUGUCACAUGCUCUCAUGAAACAGUUAGCUUUUCAAAGUGAUGUAGCAAGAACCGAAGAGGAGCGAGCUAAAACUACAGGAUCCUUACAGGGCCAAGAUCUUUUUGAUAGGGUUUUGCCACUGGACCAAAUACAAGACUCACCUGUUGAUUUUUGUUUACUAUCAUGGAUGAAUAAUAAGGAACACAAGAUUGUUGUGUCCGAUACUGGAAAACAUUUUGAAGACAAGACUCCAAACAGUGACUUAAGCCAUGCUAGCUUAUUAGAAAAUGAGAAACUUAUGUCAUUGACAAGCUUGGAAGAUUCUUCUGAUGAUGAUAUUGAUGAUGAAAUGUUUUAUGAUGAUCAUUUGGAGGCUUAUUUUGAACAGCUGGCAAUUCCGGGAAUGGUAUAUGAAGACCUAGGAGGACAGGAACCUCCAGAAGAAGAUUUUAAGUUACUUACAAGUGAUCCUAGUCAGCCAUCAUUUGGUUAUUUUAUUAGAUCACCAGAGAAGAGAGAACCUAUUGCUUUAAUAAGAAAAUCUGAUGUGUCAAGGAGUAAUUUGGAAAAAGGAAUGGCUCAUUUUACCCAUGAUCAGUUUUCAGGAGAUUUAAAUGAACAAUCCCCGGCACAACUAAACGAAGGAUCGAUUACACUUCAGGUUGAAGCACUGGAGAGUAAUUCACAAGUGGAUGAAAAUGAUGUGACGUUAACUGCCGAUAAAGGGAAAACAGAGACACUUUCUUCAUGAAAAACAAACUCCGUAGAUGCAAAGACAAGCUGCCUGAUAGCGGUGAUUCUGUGCUGAGUAUAAGAACCAUUGCUUCAGCCAUUGCAGAUGCCUCAGUUAGUUCUGAUCCUUCUCAGCUUGCUGCCAUGAUCAAGGCACUUUCAAAUAAAACCAGCGAUAAGGCUUUUCAGGAAGAUGAUAAACAGAAGGACUGUUCCAAUAUGUCUCAUUUCUUACCUAAUGAUUUAGAAAAAAGUAAUGGAUCCAGUGCAUUUGAUAUGGAGAAAUACCUUAAAAAAAGAGAGGUUAGUAGAUGUGAAGGUGGACUGGAAAACUUUUCAAGAUGUAGUAUGUCUGAUAUUUUGGAUUCAUCUUUGCCAAAAGAACAAAUUAAAGACAUCCAUACAGUGGACUUAGGUGCUACUGAUAUAAGUGUAAGGGACCAAAAGAAAACAUAGCAGCUAUUUUUUGUGGUGAAAAUGGAGAGAGUGAGAACCAGGAAUCAUUUAGAACUGCAUACUCUUCAAGUUCAGUGCUGACAAAUAUAAGAGACAAUGAGAGUGCAGCUGUUGAUUUGAAAACAAAUUCCAUUGACAACAAAUUACCAGAUAUUGGUAACAGUGAAAAAGCUACCUCAGUUUCCACUCCCACAGCUAAAACGUAUUCAUCAGUAAGGAACCCCAGAACAACAUCCCUUUGGCUGUCAGAAGAGUGUGAAGAAAUACAAGAUGAUAGAAUCAGAACAGAAAUGAGUAUGUUAGUGAAACAAGCAACAGUGAAAAGCAUGUGACUUUUGAAAAACAUUGUGUAGUCUCACCUAAAAAUACUGGUAAGUGUCUGAGUAAUUGAUCACAUUCACAAAAUUAUGCAGAACUUUUUUCUGUUCUAAUUGGAAAAUACACCUAUCUGAUAUGAAAAACGCCUCUGCUGAGCAUGGUGGACAUGGCAAAGAGGAGGACCAUGAAAGAUUCAGACCUUCCACUUCACCACUUAGUCACUCUUCUCCCAGUGACAUUUCUGGAACAAGUUUAUCAGGGUAUUGAACCCUGGACCUUGGUGUUAUCAGCACUAACUGAGCUAGCUCUCAACUGAGCCAGCCUUCAACAGCAUGAUUUUAAAAGACUGCAUAGUGUUUUAUUGUGUGCUGUAGAGUCUUUUGGUUCAACAGCACAUCAUCAGAAGCCCCCCUGUGAGAGUGAGUUGUCUCAGUUGACAUAUACACGUGCUAGUGUGAGCAGGCUGACCUAUGUGUCUGAACAAGAGAGCACCUAUCCUACCACAGCUACAGGUUAUGACCCAGAGGACCAUAAGAGUGAUAUCACCAGUGAGUUGAGCACCACGAUUAUUCAAGCCAGUCCAGCUCCAUCAGAGGAACAGGCUGGAUUCCACAGUCCUCCGUGGCCGCUUGUGCAGAAACAGCGUGUGGAAAACCAGCUGGUUGCUGAUUCUGCUUCUCUGAAGCCCGUGAGCAUUCUGGGCCCCUCUCCUGAAGCAGACGCAAAGCCCUGGGGUGCCAUCUACUUCCAGGGAUGCCAAGGCCAUCAUUCCACAGAAGCUCAUACAGCAAGCCUUGGUCAGCAGCACGCGAGGGCUUCUCUCCUGAAAUCAGCUUUUCUUUUUUUCAGAGUUUAUUGUAUAGAACAAAUGCAGAUUUUUUUCUUUUUUUGUGCACAGCAAAAUGUUACCAUAACUUUCACUCUAAAUAAGAAGUGAGAGCUGCCCACAUUGACAAUACAAUUUCUGCAGUGACCAGUUUCUCUCGGUGUAAUUUAUUUCAGUAUAAAUAACAUCACAUCUCAAUCUCAUGGUGUGCUCCCAGGCCAUGCUGCUGUGAGUUAAAAUCUCCUCAGAUGGUGGAGUAGAGGCCGAGGGACUGCCUGGCUCAGUUCUUUCAGUGUGGCCGGAGCCUCCCAUCCCAUGAGACGUAGGAAACCACAGAAUUUAGGGCCCCCCUUCUCUGGCUUUCUCCUUUCCAGGAUUUCUGGGCUGUCCAAGUCCUGUUCUUUGGUUCUUCAAGGCAACAAAGCUGCAUGUUUUCUAUUCGA